GCCGCCGCCGCCGCCGCCUCUCUUUUCCCUCGUUCCUCCUCGUCCCUCUUUCUGGAUAUUGUAUAGAGAACGUUAUGCUAAAGUAUGCAUGCACGAGGGUUGGUCCAAUGGUCAGGAAUCUCGCGAGUUCGUUCUGCGGCACCGGCACGUAUCCGGACACGUAUAUCCUCGGUGGCGUGCCUCGUGAGACUCCGCGUGCCACGUUGUUCCGACGUUGUUAGCGCCGCUACUAACUUCCGUAACACUUCCGGUCAACCCGAUCACCCACGAAGGAUCGGCUGUGCAAGAAUGCUCCGUAGGCCGGGGGAUGAUUUACCGUAAUGACGAUCGGCCUGAAUCGCGGUAGGCCACCGGACGGUCAUCCAUGGAAUAUGGAAUCUGGAGUCUUCACGCCGCGGGUGAACUUUGGGCUGACCCGCGUCUCGCCCGAAGGCACUCGAUUCUACCAGCCAGCGCGACGCAGUUGCUUCCGAGGGCUGCGUUCGCCCUGAGCGGUCUUCAUCGACCUGACAUGCUGCCGUUACCACUCACGUCCACCCCCGAUCCCAUGGAACCGUACGGACCGAUGGAAUUGGUCGCGAAAUCGUCAGCGGAUAGGGACGCCGAGAAGAGCGAGGCCGAGGAGGAGAAACACGAGGACAACGAAGGAAACAUCGAAAAACCAGACGAAAAUGAUUAUCAGACUUCUGUACCAAAGGAAAACAACGACAACGAGGACGCGGGGGAGGAGAGCGACACCGGAAGCACGAACAGUUCCCAUCGGUCGGCUAACAAUAAUUUGUCGACCAAGUUGCUCGACCCGAUGGCUUAUCUCACAUUCGAUAAGGAGGGAGCAGUUACACCGGUUCUAAAUGGCUGGGUACUCAGCGCCUAUACCGCCAUGCUUGGCAGACUUUCUGCAGCAACCGCAGCUCUUGAGGCGACGGAAAUCCCAAAUGUUCCUUCCGACAGUGAUUCUGAAAGCGAGCAUUCGUCAUACACUGAAAAAUCACGAGGUAGUAGUCCAAACGUAAGCAAUGCCCAUCGUGGUUAUUCCUGUGGCUCCUGCGACGUGGUUGCACCCACGAGGCCAGCCCUACGAAAGCAUAUUGUCGACUGUCACCCGCCUGUGUCUAGCACGGAAACGGGGGAAACGAAAAGUUGUCCGUCGUCGGGGUGUGAUUUCACAACGAGCAGCAGGUGCGAGAUGGAGACACACGUGGCUGCACACGUGGCACAAGGAAUGACACCCACAGGAAAGAAACGUACCCUGGCAUUGCAACGUGUCAGGUAUAGAUACGAAAGAGAAGAGUAUCGGUGCUCGUUGUGCUCGUACGCGUGCACUAUCGAAAAGGCAUUUCAAAGGCAUUUAAGGGCUCACGCGAAGGGCACGGCACCGGAAACGAGGGUGAGCUGCGCUGUUUGUGGCGCGGAUAGAUCCUCGGAGGUCGAUCUCAGUAGACACAUGAGAAGGCAUCGCGACGAUCGAUACUUUUGCUGUGACAUUUGCAUCUUUCGCACAGUUCAGUUGAAAAAGCUGAUCCAGCAUCGACGAAUGCACACGGGUGAGAAGCCACAUCUCUGCCCGCACUGUGCAUACAGAAGCGCACGCCGCGACAAUCUGCGGAGCCACGUAAGACGAGUACAUAAAAAGGAGAAUCUUUAUUGCGACACCUUUAGUCCACGGGGUAUGCUGUUGACACCUACGAUCGGAAGGGACAGUCCUGUAGUACAGAGCCCAGAAUCAUCGCCGUCCUCCAAUUCGGAGUCCGCAAACUAGCGGCGCAACUCGUGAAAACGCUGGAAGAUCUCGCGAGGGAUCUCGCGACAAAUCGUCGUCGUUCUACACGUCCUAACUUUGUCAAUAUCGCGACUAGACGGUAGAAAUUUUACGUUGGCAAAACGCGUCGUAUCGUCGCUAUUUUCAGCUGCCUCUAACAUUGCAAUUGCCCCAAGCGAGUGAAAUAAUUAUGGCUAGAGGAAGGAAUUAUUCAGGAAAAAUUUGUCUAAAUUAAUUAUCUGAUGCGUGUCUAUGAUUGUAUGUUUGAGGCAACAGGAGUAGCGACGGUUAAAACAGUCAGAAGUUGUGUAUUUAUGAUUUUUUUUUUAAAUCGUCAACGCUGUUAUAAAAUAAUACGUACAAUUUUAUCGAUAGACUGCAAAGUAUACGAACAAGGUGAUUAAAGAAGUAAUUGAAGAAAGUAUUAAUAAAGAAUGCAACUUCUGACUAAUUACGAUAGAACUUGCCAUUAGCGACUAGGAAAUAUGUAGAGAAUUGCAUGCGAAUGUCGAUAAUUCAAUCUCAUCUUUAAAUUCUAACGAGAUCUUUAUUAUUAGCCAAUUUAAUUAUCGAAGUCUCUUCGUUGAUCAGAUGUUGAUGAACGAAAGAAAAAAAAAAAAAAAAAUGAAGCUGCGCAAUGGUGCUAGAAUCGUAGACUGGAUUAUUAGAGGAAGACUGAAAGUAGGAAUGUUUCACGGUGUGACAUCGUCCUUCGUUUCUCGAUCACCGUGAUUCGAACAGAAGAAUCAGUGAUUAUUAAGACUGGCUGUUCUCCACUGAUGUCUAAGAGAUACUCGUGCUGCGAAUCAAUGUUUGCUGUUAAUUAUUUACCCGCAGACCAGAUUGAUAUCGUUAAAUAAAUAGUUAUUUCCCAAUGGAAGAAUUGAAAUACAGAAAAAUGUGAUUGAAACAACAUAGAAUAUUCUUUUGAAGUAGAUUCAUUUUUCUAUGAUUAAAUAUUAUAAACUAAACUACAGCACGAGAUCUUUAACCCAUGGAGGAAGGUGCUAUUUUCCAGAGAUAAUUUUACUGUCGUGUCCUUCUGCAUUUAACUCCAACUAUAUUGAUUCUCCAGCUAUAAUUAUGAUUGUUAACAGUAUUAUUGAUAAUGAUAUACAUUGUUAUUAUUACUAUUAUUAUUAUUGCCAUUAUUACUAUAUAACGUAUGUAACGACGAUGUGCAAACGAUACGUUACCAUUUAAUGGUGUGAAACGUGUUCGUUAACUGAGGAAAGAGUAGUCGAGAGAAUUUUAUCGAAUUUCAUAGAGAUAACGGGAUAAGAUAGUUAAAAGUCUCUUGUUCGAUGAUAUUGGUUCGCUUAACGCGUUGGUUGUCACGGUGGUCAUUCGAUGGCUAGCCUUAUUAAUUCAAUUUCAUUAACUACAUCUUUGUUUUAAAAUAAUUAGUCGUAACGAUUAAAGAGAAAAUUAUAUCCCCAGGUGUGCAAAGCACAGAGUGCAGGAUUUUCCAACGAAUCGUAACUUUAUAUACACGUGUAAUCUGUAAGUGCGAAUCCGUAAGUUGUAAUGCCAAAUAUCGUCUAAUCGCGGAUACAUUUACUCUGUCCUCACUUAACGCGAACAGAAAUUCACGUGACAAGUUUCUUCUCUAUGUAGGAUCAAACACCGUCCCCUAAAAAAUGUAAACGGUUCUACGAGUUUCCGCUGAAACGGGGAGGCGAAGCCCAGUACAUAUAACAUAAAUGUGUGUCAAUUUUUAAUGUAUCAUAACUACGUUCUAGUCGAUAACGGUUUUUAAGGGAAAGAUAAGAAGGCACGGGAAGAGGAUCUAUGCUGUUCGAUGCGCAAACGUUACGGCUGCAAUUAGUAAAAGAAAAAGAGAAAAAAAAAAAAAAAAAGAAGCUACGUUCUUUCUCGUCCGAGACGGCUGCAUUCGCGUUCAGGAGGAACACGCUAUUCGAGUUGACCGAAUUUCGCGGGACAAAUUGUUAGAAUUAAUCGAAUUGUCAAAAGAAACAAAAGUCUCCCCCCAGGGAAAUGGCGUUACAGGGGAAGCAGGAAUUCUUGAAAAAAAAAAAAAAAAAAUUCUUCGUUUUCACGAUACUACUAAUUGUACUUUAAACGAUACUUUAUAUUUGUACGGCGUUACGCGGUAAAUUCGCGAGAAUUUUUAUACAAAUAAUUUUACAUGCGCACGCCUAAGAAAAUGCAGCUCGAGGGAGCUGAUCCAGGAUGAUCCGCGUCGUCUCUUUCAUUGUUUUUUUUUUUUUUUUCUCAAUAUUUCGUAUUACUCGCUGAUGCGAUGCUCUCUAUCUCUAUCUCUCUACCUACGUGAUAUAGUAUCUUUGGUAGUUGGUUGUGCCGCGAUAGCGAGCUAAAAGGUAAUUAUUAUCGCGGAACGACGAUUGUUGAACAUUGGUAUACCGAUGCGUUGUGUAUUAUGAUAUAUUUAUAACGAUAUUCUAUUUUUGAUAACUGCUCGAUUGAUUAUUCCAUUUAGAAGGAUCGUUCAGGCGGCCGCGUUUUAGAAUAAUUUUCUAGCUUUUAAGGUGUCCCAAAGCGAUGAUCUUUCCUUUUCCAUUCGCGUUGCAAUUAUAAUAUAUGUAGGACGAUUUUCCACGGUGAAACGUCUCGGACGUAGAUGAUUUCGAACGACGAAGUAAAAAAAAAAAAAAAAAA